UGAUGACAAAUCUCGCGAGAGUUUUGAAGUUUCACGUUUCCGCUAUAUGUCCAUAGGCAGAACUGUCAAAAAAAAUGCUCCUCAUCCAUUUUCUCAGCUGCACACAGAUUUUGUCAGCGGUUUAUGGUCCUCUGACAUACAGCGCAGCCUUUCUCCUUGUUAAAAAUGGCAGCAGUAUAUGGAAUGAGAGCUCUCCUCUGCCUCCAUUGCCCAGUGACAUUGCAGCGAAGUUUUGGAAUCAUUCCAGUACAAGUGACAUCAACCUGCACUCCUAGGAGGCUUUGGAGUUCAGAUACCAAAAAAAAUGAGGCAAAGGCUUCAGUGAUUACAGAGAACGAAUCUCUGCUGGCAAACCUGAACAUCAUGGGAGUUGAUAUAAAGAUGGCACGCCAGCGUCAGCCUGCAGUGCUUCGUAAAAGCUUCACUAAUGAGCAAGGUCUUGCUCAGUUUCUGCGAAGCAAAGGUGCCAACCACAAAGUAAUUGCCAGCGUCAUAUCCCGUUAUCCCCGAGCUAUUACCCGAUCGAUUGAACACAUGAGCCAGCGCUGGAAUCUUUGGAAGAAAAUCUUCGAGACUGAUGCAGAAAUUGUGAAGAUUAUAGAUCGCUCACCGGAAUCUUUUUUUCGGUCUAGUGAUAAUGGGAAUUUGGAGAAGAACAUAGCUUUUCUGACCUCUCUGGGGCUGAACACCAAAAACCUCCAUCGGAUGCUGACAACGGCACCACGGACAUUCUCCAAUAGUUUAGAGCUCAACAGGCAGAUGGUGGAGUUUCUGGAGAACAUCUGUGCUGAACUUGGUGGAAAUAAUCCAGAGCAGUUUGCUAAAACCAUCCUAUCUAGAAACCUUUACAUUCUCAUCCGAAGCACUAAGAGAGUCAAGAAAAACAUUGAUUUCCUGAGGGAUUCUUUUAAACUGAGUGAUUCAGAACUGCUUGCUCUUCUACAAGGGCCUGGGGUAGCCAUUUUGGACCUUUCCAAUGAAUAUCUGAAGAACAAUUUUAAAAGUCUCCAACAGAAGAUGGUGUCACUUGGCUGUCAGGAAGCUGACAUAAAAAAAAUGGUCAUCCACUGUCCGGCAAUUUUGUACUUUGGGAAGGACACGCUGAACUCCAAACUGGACUGUCUCCUAAAAGGAGGAAUAACAAUGAAGCAGAUACAGGAAAAGCCAAAGGUUUUAGAUUACAGCACGCAGAACAUCACAGGACGACUAGAGGAGCUACAGAAAGUCAAGUAUGACUUUCAGAAGAAUGGCAUCAGUGUGUUGGAUACUAGCCGAAAGCGGUUUCUUGCAAAGAUAGAAAAACUAGCUGCAUCACAAGGCAACUGAAUGUUACUGUCUGUAUUAUGAUGUAGCAUAAUAUACUUAAACUUAAUUUCAGGAUGAUCAUGUUUUGUUUUGGCUUUUUUUUUUUUUCAAGAUUUUAUUUGUUCAUGUAGUGUCUAGAAUAUGAUUUCUGGCUUCUCUGGUGUCUCUCUGUUUUGUCAGAAUCAGAAUCAUAAUAAUUUAUUGAUCCCUGGGGCACAUUGGGUAAUAUUUUUGUCAUAUCCUAUAUGCAAUAUUUGGUAGUGCUCCAAUAAUUAGCAAUUAUUUCAUUAUCACUUAGUCCACCAAUGUUUUUCUUAGUUAAUCAUCAGGUGAAAAAGUGAAAAAUCACAUUGUUGUUUUUCCCCAAAGUGCGCUUUCAGAUUUUUUUUUACCCAAUAAUUGAUCCAAGCAUCUAAAGUCAAUGGAGAAGGACAUUUCUGGCAUUUUUACUGAACAGUGGUGUUAAUAAUUAACCCGUAGUCGCUUAAUUUUCUAUUGUUAGCCUUAUCAGUUAAUUGACUGAUAAUUUUAGCUCUGAAGUCUGGCUAUUUGUGUGUAAAUGUGAAUUUCCCAGUGCGGGACUAAAGGCCUAUCUUAUUUAUUGAAAAGAAUGUUAUUUUUGUAAUACUGACAGUUGUCAAAUAAUUCCUUUCCCUUAAUAUGCACAUUGCUCUGAGAAUAUUUUUUCCUGGUCAAAGACAUAUCAAUUGCAUGUAGGAGAUCUGUUGGAAUUAUGUGAAUAUGCAAUUUUGAAAUAAAGGUGAGAUGAAAAAAAAAA